UAAUAUUUUAAUUAAUUUUUCAAAAUGCUAGUUCUAUUUCAUUUAGCUGUGAUCAGCCUAUAUUCGUACGCAUUCUGGUACGACCAAAAAUACAUAGACAUUGAAUAUCCGUCUAAAGAAUUUGAGUUCAUACCGCUGAAAGCUCGAGUUAUAUUUUUCACGUUUUGGACACUUGUGCUACAGAAUGUCUACUUCAUAAUAUCCCUCCUGAACGAUUUCUUCGGGACCAACGAAGUCACACGAAAACCGCCUCUAAUCCGCCAAGUUAAGGACGUCCUCUUCAGCAUCACACUCUGCACAGCAUUCUACGUGGUCCUUGUAUUUUGGACCUUCUACGUAUUCAACAAAGAGGCCAUAUUCCCUCCAGAAGCUGAACUGAAGUUCCCGAAAUGGAUCAACCAUAUAAUGCACACGUUAAUUCUGCCUAUAAUACUCAUCGAGUUGCUUGUAACGAGAAGAAAUUUCCCGACGAAAAAGACUGGAUUCACUGUUGCCAUAACUAUGACAGCUAUUUACGCAGGCUAUAUUCAUAUUGUAUACUUUAAAUAUGGAAUUUGGCCCUACCCGUUCCUCUACGUGGUCAGUUGGACCACCAAGACCUUAUAUUUCAUCGGCAGCGCGGUUCUCGGAAUGGUCUUUUAUUUAUUCGGCGAAAAAUUAGACUCUAUGGUCUCAGGGAAGAGUAGGACCGCUGUAUCUCAUAUGAAUGGAUCUAAGAAAGUACAUUAAAUUAUUUUUAUAAGAUA